AUGGGGAAACCAAAAGUGUUAGUCAUUGGAUCAGGUGGAGUCGGUACCAUCUCUGCUGUAUCAUUAAAACACAACAACCAGUCUGAAGUGACGUUGGUCGUUCGUUCCGAUUACGACUUGAUAAAAUCACAAGGUUACUCGAUCUCAUCAUGUACUUAUGGGAAAUUGACCAAUUGGCAACCACACAACCUUGCUAAAUCAGUGGAAGAUGCUGUUGAACGAUUCGGUCCCUUUGACUAUAUUCUCUUAACUACAAAGAACAUCCCUGACGGACCAGUUACUUGUGAGGACAUUGUUGCACCAGCAAUCAAGACUGGUGACGAAGUGAUCAUUUUAUUGCAGAAUGGAAUCAAUAUUGAGAAAACCAUGUUGGAGAGAUUUCCAGGACAUUUGGUUCUCAGUGGAGUAUCCUUGAUUGCAAGUACUUACCAACAUGGUCAUGUUGAAAAUAAGGGCCCAGAUAAUGUUUUCCUUGGAGAUUUCGUAAAACCAAGCCAACAUCCUUUGUCGAAAGCUAAAAUCGAUGAAUUUAUAUCAAUUUAUCACAAUCCCGAUUACAACAAAAUCGCCAUUGAUAACGAUGUUCAGAAAACUCGAUGGGAGAAAUUGAUCUAUAACUCAACGUUCAACACCAUUACUGCGUUGGUCGACUUGGACGUCACUAGAUUGCAAAUCAAUAAUGCCAAUGAGGAGUUGUUGCGUCCAGCGAUGAAAGAAGUUGUUGCCAUUGCCAAAAGUGUCGGUGUCGAAUGUGAUGUUUCCAAGAUUGAAGGGAUGAUCCAUAUAGGCGAUGGAAUUUUCUAUGCUCCGUCAAUGUGCGUUGAUAUGAGAAAGAAGCAAUUGAUGGAGUUGGAGAUUAUUUUGGGAAAUCCAAUAAGGAUUGCUAGAGAAAACGGAGUAGCUGCUCCUGUCUUGUCGGUGAUCUAUUCAUUGUUGAAAAUGGUUCAAUUUAGAAUAAAAGAGGAGAGAAAGAUGUUUACGAUAAAUGAGGCUGAUUUCAAGGGCAACUCCGAUGAUUAUCCAGCAGUUUUCAAACAGAAAUAUACACAUUAA